AUGUGUUCAUAUGAACGAGAGGUAAAAAGGUUAGAACGCUUUGCCGAUGAAGUAAAUAGUGAUGAACUUUCAGAGUUGACUGAAAGUGAUAAUGAAUCUUUGGCCGACGAAGACCAUAACCUUGUAAGUGACCAUGAAUCAGAUACUGAGCAAGAGUCGUUUUCAGAUGUAGAAGAACAAGCCAAUCUUUUGCGAAGAAGCAGAUCUAAGUACUUUUAUGGAAAGGAUGGGACAAAAUGGAGUAAGGAAGCUGCACCGUUGAAUGUUCGAACGCGGCAAAGGAACAUUGUAACACAUCUUCCAGGUGUGUUGGGACUGGCAAAGAAUGGAAAGACGCCAAUGCAAUGUUGGUUGUAUUUUUUCGAAGAAAUCGUGAAUGUCAUUGUAGUAAACACUAAUCCAUAUAUCACAAAAAUUUCAAAUAGAUAUCAAGAUCAGUACGACUACAAGGAAACAAAUACCACUGAAAUAAUGGCAUUACUAGAUCUGCUGUAUCUAGCAGGUUCGCAGCAUGGAGGACGAAAACACAUUGCUGAAUUUUAUAGCGACAAUGGCCUAGGAUGCGAAAUAUUUCCUGCUGCAAUGGCUCAAAGAAGGGUUAAAUUUUUGUUGAGAUGCCUACGGUUUGAUGACACAAACACCAGAGAGGUCAGAAAAUCCCAAGACAAUCUUGCUGCCGUAAGGGAAAUGAUGAUAAAGUUCAAUGAACAGUGCAAAGUACACUAUUCUGUUGGGGAGUACGUUACCCUUGAUGAAAUGCUACUUGCAUUUCGUGGGAGAUGCAGAUUUAAAAUGUAUAUCCCAAAUAAGCCAAAUAAAUACGGCUUAAAAGUGUUCUCAAUGGUCGAUUCUAGGACAUUCUACACAUCCCAUUUAGAAAUCUAUGCAGGGACUCAACCCGAAGGCCCAUUUAAAAUCGAUAAUUCAACAGCUGCUGUCACAGAGAGGAUGUGUAUGCACCUAUCCGGAUCUGGACGAAAUGUAACCAUGGAUCGUUGGUUUACCGGAUAUAAAAUAGCUAGUUUGCUAUUACGAGAGCAUCGCCUCACUGUAGUGGCAACUAUUCGGGCCAACAGAAGGGAAUUACCUUUAGAAAUAACACAGGUAAAGAACAGGAAAGUGAAUUCGUCGCUAUUUGCUUUUAGUAAAGACAUGAUGGCUGUUUCAUACGUUCCAAAAAAAUCAAAAAAUGUUUUAUUGAUUUCGUCAAUGCAUAAUGACACUGCUAUUGAUCAAAGUACUGGUGAAAAAGCUAAACCAGAAGUGGUCAGUUUUUAUAAUAUGACCAAAGGUGGUGUAGAUGUUCUCGACCGAAUGAUAACAGCAUACAAUCCAGCCAGAAACACACGACGUUGGCCUAUGGUCAUAUUUUAUGGAUUGAUGAACGUCGCUGCGAUUAACGCUUUUAUAAUUUAUAAAGCAAACAGCCCUGAUGGUGAGUUUAGUAAAAGUCGAAGAAUGUUUUUAAAAAAUCUAGAAACUUCUUUACUAAAAGAAAACAUGCGACAAAGGGCUGUAAAUGCACGCCUGCCAAGAAAAGUUCAAAGAAUGAUAAAAAUCCUUCUUAUUACUAGGAAUAGGAAAUUUUACGAUUGA